CAAAGAACGUUUGCUGAAUAAUAUUUUAAUACAGAAAAUUCCAAAUUUGUCCUUGUAGAGAGAGAAUAACUUAGGUAGAGAAGGGGUGCAGGAGAGAGAGAGAAAUUUUGGUCUUUUUUGUGUUCCAAUGGUUCAACUGGGAACCCAAAGAGAAGAGAAAAGAAAUUUUAUUUCUUUUUUAGACGGGUCUUUCUGAACAUAUGAUCUUCUGAAAACCCAGAAAGCGAUCUUUGAUGCACUCAUAGGAUUGGCCGAUUCAGUCGCGUGUUCGGUGACCGUUGAUUUCGGGACAAAUGAACGGAAGCGAUGAGGUCGUGCCAGCUCCGGCGGGUCCACCGCAUCCUCUGGACUGGAAAUUCUCGCAGGUCUUCGGCGAACGCACGGCAGGGGAAGAGGUUCAGGAAGUGGACAUAAUUUCUGCUAUUGAAUUUGACAAGUCUGGUGAUCACCUUGCUACUGGUGAUCGGGGUGGUCGGGUGGUUCUCUUUGAGAGAACAGAUACAAAAGAUCAUGGUGCAUCAAGAAGGGAUUUGGAGAGGAUGGACUAUUCUAUUAGUAGGCAUCCUGAGUUCCGGUACAAAACAGAGUUUCAGAGCCACGAACCUGAGUUUGACUAUCUUAAGAGUUUGGAGAUUGAAGAAAAGAUCAACAAAAUCAGAUGGUGCCUAACAGCUAACGGGGCCCUCUUCCUUCUCUCUACAAAUGAUAAGACUAUCAAAUUUUGGAAGGUUCAAGAAAAGAAGGUAAAAAAAAUUUCUGAGAUGAAUAUUGACCUUUCAAAAUCAAUGGGGAAUGGAUGUAUUGCUAGUUCAAGCAAUUCAAGUAGCUCUAGGCCAUAUCUUGCAAAUGGAGGAUCUCCGGAUAGAUCUUACAAUUAUAUAAGCAAUGACUUUUCAUUUCCACCAGGAGGCAUUCCUUCACUGAGAUUACCCAUGGUAAGUAGCCAUGAAAGCAGCCUAGUUGCUCGAUGUCGUAGAGUGUAUGCACAUGCUCAUGAUUAUCAUAUCAAUUCUAUUUCAAAUAACAGUGAUGGCGAAACUUUCAUAUCUGCUGAUGAUUUGCGAAUAAACCUUUGGAACCUGGAAAUUAGCUCUCAAAGUUUUAAUAUUGUUGAUGUAAAGCCUGCAAAUAUGGAGGAUCUGACAGAGGUUAUAACAUCAGCAGAAUUUCACCCUACACAUUGCAAUAUGUUGGCUUAUAGCAGUUCAAAGGGUUCGAUCCGACUUGUUGACUUGAGACAAUCGGCAUUAUGUGAUUCUCAUUCCAAACUAUUUGAGGAACAGGAAGCCCCAGGGUCAAGAUCAUUUUUCACAGAGAUUAUUGCUUCUAUAUCAGACAUAAAAUUUGGGAAGGAUGGAAGAUACAUACUUAGUCGUGAUUACAUGACUUUAAAGUUAUGGGACAUUAAUAUGGAUUCAGGCCCCGUUGCAACUUUCCAAGUUCACGAGUAUUUAAGACCCAAGCUUUGUGAUUUAUAUGAAAAUGAUUCAAUUUUUGACAAGUUCGAGUGUUGUCUGAGUGGUGAUGGAUUGCGUGUAGCCACUGGUUCUUACAGCAAUCUCUUCCGUGUGUUUGGUUGUGCCCCUGGAAGUGCUGAGGCGACAACUCUAGAAGCCAGUAAAAACCCGAUGAGACGACAAGUUCCAACCCCUUCAAGGCCUUCUAGAUCACUGGGAAAUAGUUUAACACGUGUUGUAAGACGAGGAGCAGAAGCCCCUGGUGUGGAUGCUAAUGGGAAUUCAUUUGACUUCACAACAAAGUUGCUGCACUUAGCAUGGCAUCCGAGUGAGAAUUCAAUUGCUUGUGCUGCUGCAAAUAGCUUGUACAUGUACUAUGCGUAAAGAGAGACGAUUGAAGACAAGAACAUGUAUCUGCAUGGUCAUAUUGCUGUGGAGAAGGCUGCUUCUUUUCCGAUCUUACCAACCAACCACACUGGUUUGGAGGCUACAUAUACAUUAUUAACUCACACUACAAGUGCCCUUCAGAGAGCUUUCAGAAAAAGAUCCAGAAGUGGCUGUUUCCAAAUUCCUCGUUAGGGAGGAGACCUUAUUUUGUUACUGGAUGGCCGGCAUCUCUCUCUCUCUCUCUCUCUUCCUCUCUUCUUUUUCUUUUCCUCCUCCUUUCAACAACCCUACUAUUCUUUCCCUCUAUUUCUGUAUCUUCUUCUGAAAGAGAAGGUGCAACCAAUGUUUCAAAUUGUGUUUGGCUUGCAAGUGAAGAAGAAAAUGUGAUUGUAGCUCUCCUACAACAGAUACUAAAGGAUGUUCAAUAUCUGCCACUAGGAUUCAGAUUAAAAAUGUAGUUUUUCUUUUCCUUUUUGCCCAGAUAUAUAUCUCUGUGGGAUGGAGCAGUUGAAACCUGCAGUGCAUCAUUUUUUUAUUGAUUAAUUGUGUUGGAAUUUAA